AUGAAUAUGUCAAAUAAUUUCACUUCUUGGGGACGCCCUUUCACUGACGCUAAGAUGGACAUGUACGGUGGUGAUGUUACACAGCGGUACCAGCUCGGCGCGCAGCAGAUGACUGUCCCCGAUGACAAGUUCUCUGAAGGCGUACAGAAGACUCAACAGCCCAUAGUCACCGGCACUUCGGUCAUUGGAUUGAAAUUCAAAGACGGUAUCAUGCUCGCUGCUGAUAACCUUGCUUCUUAUGGCUCUUUGGCUCGUUUUAAGGAUAUCCAGAGACUAUAUGGCGUUGGUUCAAAUACAAUCAUUGGCGCUGCUGGCGAUAUGUCUGACUUCCAGCACGUUCAACAUCAACUUGACACUCUCAUUACUGACGAGUAUUGCCACGAUGACGGUCAUUCCCUUGGACCUGCUCAAAUUUACGAGUAUAUGAGCACUCUUAUGUACCAUCGUCGCAGCCAGCUCAAUCCUCUCUGGAAUGCUUUCGUUGUUGGUGGUGUUGAUCCAAAAUCUGGUGAAUCCACUCUCGCUUACGUUGAUCUAUUGGGUACUACUUACUCUGCUCCAACUAUCGGUACUGGUUAUGCUUCAAUGAUUGCCAUUCCUCUACUCAGGAGACUGGUCGAAGAUCGUCAGGAGCCUCUUAACAAGGAAGAUGCUUUGGAUAUCAUCAAAACUUGCAUGAAAGUUCUCUUUUACAGAGACGCUAGAUCCCUCAACAAAUUCCAAGUCGCUACAAUCACAAAGGAGGGCUCUGAAAUUAGCCAAAGCAUGUCUGUUGACACUGAAUGGGGUUUCGCUGAGGGUAUUAGAGGUUACGGUGGACAGACACAAUAA